CAAGCAAGGUCAUAACUUUCCAUGCUAUAUGAAACUUGAAAAAUAUCCACCGUUGUUGUAUAAGCUUGUUUUAAUGCUGUCAGUUAAAAAGCACAUGUCCACACCAAUGCAGGCACUUUAAACUGUGUUUAUGUUUCUAAUUGUGUCCUUCCUUAACCUUUUACCACCACCUGCUCUGCCUCGGACUGCUAGUGCUAUGAAAAACGAAUAACGUGUCUGUGUAAUACAUGUAUUGGUGGAUUAAACUCAUCUCUUCAUGGAAACAGUGCAGUGCAUGGCAGAGUACCUGGAAAAGCCCUUCAUAUUUGUAAUUAAUUAAGAUCACUUUUGGUUUUCACAUUGACACACUGCUGUUUAGUAGUGUCAGAAGCCACAUUAAUUGAACUUGUUUUCAACCUACAAGGAUAGUAAUACUUUUUAUGAGCUUUUAUAAGGUCUCCACCUUGAAGAACACUUUCAUUAAGAUUUCAUUGGCCAGUCAGCAGGGUAGUGUGGCUAAAAGGCCAAAACGGAGAGGACCUUUAUCCCCGUUAGUGUGGAUGUAGCCUAAAACACCAUUUAUCAUUCCUACCUCUCUUUUCUUAUCGAGCCUCUCAGCCUAUUUGUGCUGCAUAUUCGACACUCACUAAUACCGGCGCCCACUUUGCCCCAGUAACACAUUUUAAUACCACAGAACAUGCCAACAGUUGAUUACCAGCCUCAGUAAGAGAGAAUAGAGUUAGAUAGGUUGGAGGUCCUAGCAGUGCUUUACAAGUACUGGGUCAGCUCAACAUCUCUCUGUUUCCCCACCUAAGAUGAGGAAAGAUAAAGAGGGGUAAGCAGAGCAGGAAAGAGGUGAAAGGACGUGGUUGAAGGCGACAUGCUUUGCUAUUGGGUACCUAUUCUGAUUGGUAGAAGAGAACUGGAACUGUCCGGAUAAAGCUGAGUGUGUUUGAGGGGGUGAGAGAGGGGAGGAGAGCAGAGAGAGCGUCAAGGGUAAGAUGACUCCUGCACUCAGGAACAUGGAGACAGGUGGCAGAAAGAGAAGAAAGACGGACCGCAACCUCAGAAAGCCCCAAAUGUCGGUGAAGGACUGUGCAGGCAGACUGUCUCACACUAAGCUAUGGAAUGCUCCUUGCGCUCAUCAUCACUAGUCUCCAAUCUUUGGACUGAGCUCCAGACGCUUAGUUAGCAGCUGUGCUUCUCCCCUCGAACUCUUUAUAACCAGGGGACGAAAAAAAAGGAGCAGGCUUACCAAGUUCUCCGCUGAAGACGCACACAGCACUUCUUUUUUGUUGUUAUUAUUAUUAUUAUUCUCAUUAGAAUAUUUAAGCUAGUUUUUUUUUUUUUUUUUUUUUUCAGUUUUUUUGUUUGGUGAAAUCCUAUCAAGAUGGAGGAUAUGGGAUCGUACCUGUGGAUGGUGGUUAUUGGCUUCAUCAUUGCCUUCAUACUGGCCUUUUCAGUGGGUGCCAAUGAUGUGGCCAAUUCCUUCGGCACAGCAGUGGGAUCCGGUGUGGUCACAUUGAGGCAGGCUUGUAUCCUCGCAUCUAUCUUUGAGACACUAGGCUCAAUGCUGCUGGGGGCCAAAGUGGGCGAGACGAUUCGGAAGGGCAUCAUAGACGUCAGCCUGUACAACAAUACGGUGCCGAUUCUCAUGGCAGGGGAGGUCAGCGCCAUGGUCGGCUCAGCAGUGUGGCAGCUAAUCGCCUCCUUCCUCAAACUGCCAGUCUCUGGGACUCACUGCAUUGUUGGCGCCACCAUCGGCUUCUCCUUGGUAGCCAUUGGCACCAAGGGCGUACAGUGGAUGCAGCUUGUCAAGAUUGUGGCAUCGUGGUUCAUCUCCCCCUUGCUCUCUGGACUCAUGUCAGGUCUUCUCUUCAUGCUUAUCAGACACUUCAUUCUCAGCAAGGAUGACUCUGUCCCUAAUGGCCUGCGAGCGCUGCCCCUCUUCUAUGCCUCCACGAUUGGGAUCAACACGUUCUCUAUCCUAUACACUGGAGCACCAUUGCUUGGGUUAGAGAUGCUGCCAGUGUGGGCCAUCUUUCUCAUCACUUUAGCUGAAUCACUGGUUUGUGCAGCCCUGGUUUGGAUAAUCGUCUGUCCCUGGAUGAGGAGGAAAAUAGCAAGUCGUAUAAAAAAGGAGCAGGCUCUGUCCCGGAUCUCUGAUGAGAGCUUGGACAAGAUACCUGAAGAGGAGGAGGAGAGCCCCGUCUUUAAGGAGCUACCAGGGGCCAAGGGCACAGACGAGGCCGUGUUGCCGCUCACAGGAGGCAGCAGCGAGCGGAAUGCCCGCGACUCCAGUGGCGAGCUCACCAACCUGGCUAACGGAGGCACUGUCCUGCCAAAUGGCAGGGUGUACGGCAGGACCCACUCGAUGACCAACGGCUGCCUCAAAUCACCGGUCUCUAAUGGCAGCUUCAGCUUCGAUGGCCACAUGCGCAGCGAUGGCCAGGUGUAUCACACCGUGCACAAGGACUCGGGUCUCUAUAAAGACCUGCUUCACAAAAUUCACCUGGGCCGCAUGGAUGACAACGACCGCUCGGGUGCCAAUUCUGGCCCAGCUGACAACAAUUACCGCCUGCUGCGCCGCAACAACAGCUACACCUGCUACACUGCUGCUAUAUGCGGCAUGCCCGUCCAGCCGGUGACGCGCACAGAGUCACGUGAGGACAGCGAGAAGUUGGUGGGAGAGGGAGGUGGCAGGAGCAACAGCGUGUCCUACUCCAAGAAGAGGGUACGCUACGACAGCUACUCAUCAUACUGUAACGCAGUGGCAGAGGCUGAAAUUGAGGCAGAGGAGGGUGGGGUGGAGAUGAAGCUGGCCACAGAGCUGGAGGGGGUGGAGGAAGAAGGGGCUCCAGCCCCAGUGCCUCUGGAUGACCUGGCCGAGGAGGACCACGAGGAGAAGGAUAAGCCUGAGGUGUUCCUGCUUUUCCACUUCCUGCAGAUCCUCACCGCCUGCUUCGGCUCUUUCGCCCAUGGAGGAAACGAUGUCAGUAAUGCCAUUGGACCCCUGGUGGCGCUGUGGAUGAUCUAUGAACAGGGCGGUGUCAUGCAGGACGCUGCCACUCCCGUCUGGCUGCUGUUCUACGGUGGCAUAGGCAUCUGCGCGGGCCUGUGGGUGUGGGGCCGCCGUGUCAUCCAGACCAUGGGGAAAGACCUGACUCCCAUCACCCCCUCGAGUGGAUUCACUAUUGAACUGGCUUCUGCACUCACAGUCGUGUUGGCUUCAAAUAUCGGAAUCCCUGUCAGUACCACACACUGCAAGGUGGGCUCGGUCGUGGCCGUGGGCUGGAUCCGCUCCCAGAAAGCUGUGGACUGGCGCCUCUUCAGGAACAUCUUCCUAGCCUGGUUUGUCACAGUGCCUGUGGCCGGCCUGUUCAGCGCUGCCAUCAUGGCCCUGUUCUUCUACGGCAUCCUGCCCUUCGUCUGAGGGCAUGUGGCCGGGAGGGAGAGCAGAGGAAGAAAAGAGAAAGAUAGCGAGAGAGAGAGAGAGAACAGAGAGAGAGGACAGAGAGAGAGAGAGGGGGAGAAACUUGGGUAAAAAUCAGAGCUCGAGUGUCGGGAUUGCAGAUAAAGGAGAAGGAAAUGAACAGGGAGACAAGGGCAAGGGUGACUUGGACUUGGUUGUACUGUGGAUGUGAGGAGGGUUGGUUCAUAUGUUGCCUGGCUCUGUAGUCCAGAGAUCUUUUUGACUCAUUUGAGUGUCUGAUCGGUCUUUAUUUAUUCCCAAUUUGGGCGCACAAGAAAGUACGUAACUUGACGCGUUCACUGUACCAUUUAAUCUGCUGUACAUAUGACAAUAAUAGAGAGAAUCCCAGUAACUCAUAACAAAAUGUAGGGUUACUGGAAAAUGGUGGCAGUUGUUCUCUGUCUCUUCAUUUGAAAAAAUGAGUUAAAAAAAAACAUACAUGACAAAAAAUACUAACAGUUUAUCCUGCACACUUAAACUGACAGACAUGCCUGCAGUAAAGCUAUAUCAUUCUGCCUACAAUCCCAGGUAGCAUAGUUGGUCAAGUGCUUAUUAUUAUUGUUCCAAAAUGGUGGGAAAAAAAAAACUGUACAUAAUGUUAUGUUGGACUGAGU